AGUUCAGUUUUUCCCAGACUAGUCACGUAACAAGCCAGCAGUCGUUUUGAGCUCCUUUUUCAUACAAAAUAAAAAAUUUUAAUUUAACAUUUUUUAAUUUCUUCUUUUUUAUUUUUAUAUACAAUAUUCUUACUUUUUUUUGGUUUUAUUCGAUAUAUUACUCAUCCACUUUGCUCUAACUAUUUAUAUAUGCAUACAAAAAACUGAACCAAUACGAUUAUAAAAAUAAUUAAAUCAACUACUGUCUCCUUGUCGUCGUUUCUGUCUCCAUCGUCGUCGUCGUGGUCGUUCUCGACGUUGUUGUCUCAUUGUGGUGCUCCUCGAUUUUUGUAUGUGCGUUGCCAAAUAAUUUCAUUUCUUUAUUGCUUUUUGUUAAUAUUUCUACGACUUCCGAUUAAAAAAACAACAACAAAAAAUACAUAUUAUAAAAUAAUGGCAAAUUCAGAUAAUGUUGAUGACAUGAAGCAUUGCUUUGAAAAUCUUAUUGUGAUCGAUGCUGGUGCUAAUCUAACUAACAAAAAAUAUAGCCGUGACUUGGAUUCAGUAAUUCAGAGGGCAAAAGACGCAGGUGUCCAAAAAAUAAUGGUUCCAGGCACAUCGGUCAAAUCGAGCAAAGAAGCACUACGACUAUCUCGAAUCUAUCCAGAUAUAAUCUAUUCAACUGCUGGCAUACAUCCACACGACUCAAAGUCAAUCAUAGAAGAACCAACUAGUUGGUUUGAAUUUGAACACAUUGCCGAGGCACAAGAAUGCGUUGCCAUCGGUCCAUGUGGCCUUGACUAUCAAAGAGACUUCUCCGAGCCAGAUGUACAAAAGGAAAUUUUUGAGAAACAAAUACUGCUGGCGUGCAGUCUGGGAAAAUCUGUAUUAAUACAUGAGCGUUCAGCUCAAGACGAUGUCUUACAAAUACUAGACAAAUAUCCGAAUAUACCACAAGUGAUAAUUAGAGGUUUUAUGGGUACAACAGAAGAAGCUGUUAAAUAUUUAGAUAGACGAUUUUACUUAAGUUUAACUGGUUAUUUAUGCAAGGACAAAUCAGAUACUGGAGUAAGAAAACUAUUAGAAGACGGUACACUGCCGUUGGAUAGACUACUCGUCGAAACAGACUCGCCAUUUAUGUACCCAAACACAAGAGCUUCCAAGCUACCACAACAUGUUAAGACUGGAAUAACAGAGAGAUCUCUGUUAUAUUUACAUAGAUAUUGUACUUUUCAACGAAACGAACCAUGUAGCUUACCGGCUAUAGUGGAAAUGAUAGCAGCUUUUAUGAAGAAGACACCGGACGAGGUGGCACUGGCAACAGCUUUCAAUGCACUCAAAUUAUUUGGGUUGUCGUGAAUAUGUAAAUUUAUAUGACUACUUUUUCUUCUUCUGCAGCUUGCUGUUAAACUAUAUUAUGACGACUUUAUUAUUUAAAUAUUUUUACUUUUUUUUUUUUAAUUUUUCUAUAAAAAUCUGCAGAUUUUUAUUUAAUUUUAAGUAAAACCGCUUAGAUAUUGUUUUUAUUUAAUAUGUUUGUAAGAAUUUAUAUAAUGACUAUGCGUAACACUAAGUGCCUUAUUGCCUAAUCCGGAUUAUGGCAGCAAAAAAAUUAAAAUAAAAAUAAAAAAAAAA